GUGUUUAUGUUGAAGGGGUAGCAGUCGGCGGAAGUCGUGCUUCAGGAGGAGGAAGCUGACAGCAUGUGGGAUGAAGGCUGCGAAGCACACGCCGCACAGCAGCACGGAGGAGUAAUGAUGAGAGGCUGAGCUCUCCACAGCACAAGUUCAGUUCUUACACGACUCGUCAGAAAAUAGCUCAGCCAUGUCGGGAGUGUUAGCACGGCUGCUCUUCUACCCCACGUUAGCCUACAACGUUGUCAUGGAGAAGGUGUCCUCGAGACGGUGGUUUGACCGAGUGGAUGAAACUGUGAUCCUCGGAGCGCUGCCGUUCAGGUCCAUGACCAAACAGCUGGUGGAAACAGAAAAUGUUCGAGGGGUGAUCACCAUGAACGAAGAGUACGAGACCAAAUAUUUCUGCAACUCAGCCCAGGAGUGGCAGGCUGCUGGUGUGGAGCAGCUCAGGCUUAGCACUGUGGACCUGACUGGUGUCCCCAGCAUGGAGAAUCUCCACAGAGGCGUGGAGUUUGCACUGCAGCAUAAAGAGCAGGGAACCAGUGUGUACGUGCACUGCAAGGCUGGACGUUCCCGGAGCGCCACAUUAGCUGCCGCCUACCUCAUACGGUUACACUGCUGGACUCCAGACGAGGCCUGUCAGAAGCUGGCAUCUGUUCGACCGCACAUCCUAGUACGCUCCGCUCAGCUGGAGAUGCUGAGGAAGUACUACCAGCAGAUAUGUGCACAGUCCAGCUGAGAAAGUGGGGCAGUGUGUCGGACCUCAUCGUGUUCCCACUGGAGGUGGGGGACGGCGACUCAGAGCCUUGAUCAAAACAACUGUAACAGGAAAUGCAACUGUUGCCUUUUCAGCAAGUGCUCUUUGGCAUGUGUACAGCUGCAGAACAGAACAUGUUGUUUAUCUGUUUUUGUUACUCUUUAAUAUAAUUUUGUUGAAAGAAAAUUUUCUUUUUAUAUUUGAUUUCCAGCCACGUUAUUCUGUUUUAACUAACAAACUAAGACAAAUCACUGCAAUGCUCUCCACAUUUGUUUUUAAAAAAAGAAAACACUCCCCUCAGAGCCGGCUGACGUCAGCUGGAGUUUAGUCAACAGGAUGAGAACACUGUAGUAAAUAAUUCAGUAAUGAAGGUGUUUCUGUGUAGACUGGAAAAUAUUUGCUUUAUAUUUUUCUGCAGUGCCUCAUAAUGUAAAAAAAUGA